UUGAACGUCCAGAUUAUAUUGUUCAUUGUGAAACGAGCUGUCAUCAAACAUCAGUCUCGGUGCAUUCUUCGCAAAGUAGGAACAGGUACAACUGCGGUCAUCGUCAUCUGAAAGUUAGCUAUUACCCGUGGACACACCAGAGACUACACUGUCUUCACUUAACUGCAUCUUCCUAUCUACUUUUUUUAAUGAUUAUCUGGCAUUCGAAUUGGAGGAUAACAAAUUAAACGAUUGUGACUGCGCGUAACCGAAGAGAAUGGCUGCGGAUAUACAGGAUCAGCUGUCUCUCCUGGGUCUCGAGGAGGAACUAACCUGCAGCAUCUGCCUGUGUCCCUUCGACAGUCCAGUGACUUUACCAUGUGGUCACAAUUUCUGUCAGAAUUGCCUCGACGAAACAUGGAAAACCAGCUACGUCUGUCCACAGUGCAGGACACACUUUAAUACCAAACCUGAGCUGAAAAAGAAUACCGUCCUCGCCACAGUUGUGGAAGCAUUCAGAAUGAGAUCAGGCGGUGAAAUUGCAGAGGAUAUACAAAUUAAGAAGGACGAGCCACCGGCGGUGAUGUGCGACGCUUGCUUGGAAGUGAAAGCCGUCAAAACCUGCCUCACUUGCAUGGCCUCUUACUGUGAGGAACACAUCAAGCCGCACCAAGAGAAUCCUGUGUUUCGAGCCCACCUUCUCAACGACCCGUUAUCUGACCUAUCGCAUCGUAUUUGUUCUGAGCAUUGCAAGCUCAUGGAGCUUUACUGCGCUGACCAUGAGCGCUGCAUAUGCAGCAGCUGUCUACAAAUCCAUAAGGGAUGCUCGUUCUGUACUUUGGACGAGCAGCGGACGAAGAAAGAGAAUGAAUUUCAGGAGAAGUUAACUAUGCUUGAUGGAAAGAUUGACAAGAAUCAGACAGUCAUUACACAGAUGAGAGAACAGCAGUCCAAAUUGAAGGACUCCGCAGCCAAUCGUAAGAGGGCCCUGCAGGCCGAGUACAAGCAGCUGAGAGAUUUGAUUGACAAAGAUGAGCAGGAAGCCCUUAUGGCAGUGGACAGGGAGCUGGAGACAGGUCAGAGCAAACUGGCCAUCCUUAUGAAGAAAUUUGACCAGAACGUGCAGAAGAUGCUCAGAGCCAAAGACAGCAUCAGCAACACCCUGGGCCAGUCACAGUCUCUGUCCUUCUUACAGGCUUCAGUGGAUCUGCCUUCAGAGGUGAAGUUUGAACCCUAUUCCCCUCGAAUCAAUCUCGACUCCAAGACUGUCAUAGGCUAUCACUCUUCCAUAGCUGCUAUGAAGGAGCUGGUCGGUAAAAUACUGACAGAGCAAGUGGAGAACCGGAUCUCACUUCUCAAACCAGGCAUUUUGGGACAGCCUGUCAGUCCUACCCUGCCCAACCCAUUUGAAACAGACACACCCAGUGCCAGACUUAGAGAUCCUAGUCCUGGAGCUGGUCUGAAAAGUGGAGGACUUGGUGCCAAAAAGAAGUCCCAACCAAACAAGAAACCCGACAACAAAGAACAAAAGGAACAGAAAGAACAUAAAGGACCAAAAGAACAAAAAGAACGCAGAGAACGUAAAGACCACAAAUCUGACAAGCAUCCCAAAAAACAGCCUCCGCCCAAUCGAGGGCCAGCCUCACCAUUCUCCAAGAGUACUGAUAACCUUUAUAAAGCAUUUGGAGGGACAGCUUCUUUUCCAGGACACGAUAACUUUCAAGCCAGUUACUUCCAAGCCGGACCAGUGUUGCAACCGUUAAUGCAACCAGUUGUUCAAACCAUGAGUCCUUCAGUGAAAAGAAGUGACCUUCUCCAGUACGGCACCAUCCUUAUGUUCGACGAAAAGACGGCGCACAAACGCAUCGCUCUCUCUGAAAACUUCACCAAAGCCUCGGUGUCGGAGGAGCCGUCCCCGUACUCAGACAACCCUGCUCGUUUUUCGGUCUGCUCCCAGGUUCUGUGCUCCAAGGGCUUCUCGCGAGGUCGUCAUUACUGGGAAGUCAAGAUGAGCAGCAACAACUUCUGCGGCCUGGGCAUAGCCUACGGGAGCAUCGACCGAAAAGGCCCCUCCAGUAGGCUGGGGCGAAACGCCCAGUCCUGGUGCGUGGAGUGGUUUAACGUCAAGCUGUCGGCCUGGCACGCCAACAGUGAGACGGUGCUGACCAACCCCAACCCGAAACGCGUCGGGGUGCUGCUCGACUGCGACGGAGGCUCCGCCACCCUCUACACCGUGGCAGAUCGCGCGUAUCCCUUCCACACCUUUGUCUUCCCCUUCACGGAGCCGGUGUAUCCAGCCUUCUGGAUCUUCUCCAGUGGUUCUUCCAUCGCCAUGUGUAAGCUCACCAGUUAAGAGAGCCUGACCUGUGUGAUCACUUACCACUGCAUUUUUCCUUUGAUUUCAAACAUCUUUACUCUGUUGUAAUCUCUCGUCUCUCUAAUCAAUGGCUGAUUUGCGCCAGUCAAAAUAUGGAUGGUUCUUUGUAUGUAGGAACCAGAAAUAAUCGGUAUAUCGAGGAAUACGAUUUGUGUUGGUUUUGGAUUUCUUGUGGUCUCUGAGGUUUCCCUGAUGUAUCUGAUAAUGCUUUUAACGUACUUCAGUAACACCAAGAUCAAUGCUGACCAUCGACCAGUUUUGUCGUUUCCUAAUCUUGCCCCACGAUGGUUUCCAGCGCUGCAUGUUUUAGAUGUCUACCUACUCAAAAUGACUCAUUCAACAUUUAAGCUAAAUAUCAGGACCUUGAUUAGCUUGCAUAAGUUGUGUUAGAGAAGGUAGAGCUAAUAUACGCAGAGCUUUGGACCUGUAGAAGAAUUGGGAAACAAUUCUAUAGAGUUUAAGUCAUAGGGUAUACCAUACUGGUAUUAACUCUCAUGAGAACGUCACACAACACUGAUGAAAUACAUCUGUGAAUCUCAUGCAUUUAUGAUGCCUACUGUUUCUAAUUGGUAGGCACAUUUAUUGUGUUGGUUGACCUUUGGCCAUGAUGAGCGCUUUAUUGACUCAUCAAGUUUGCAUAAGCCAGCGCCAAAGUCAAUACCUGUACCAGUUUCUGCCUUGCACCAAGAUUCGGCUGAUACUUCCAUUUAGGACAGUCAUUGCUGUGAGGCACUGGUACGCUCACCCAGCGAUACGAUUUCAGGUUAACGGGUAAAAGCUGGAGUUUAAAAAGUUGAAACUUUUUAAAGCCCAGCGGUAAGGAAAAAUCGAGUGCUUCUUUGUUUUAUGAGUAUCUAUUGGGUGUAUGAUUAUUUUCACUGCUCACACUGUUCACUGCUACUCAGUUUUUUUGGGGUCGUAGUAUCACAUGAGCGUACUUAUGUAACUUUUAAACAUUCCUGGCAACGCAGCUGAAAAUGAGUUAGCAUUCACAAGGCUGACCACAUAAGAGCAAGAUAAGGUUUGGGGAGGGACAGAAAACAGGCUGGUUUUUCUGCCAAACAGAGAAGGACCUGACUACCAUUCACGUGUUAGUUGACUAACGAUAGUUGGAUUUGGUCCUAAUAACUGAAUAGAAUUUAAUCUGAGGUGGGAAGGCAAAUGAUAAAAAGAGUAUUAUGUUCUGUCCACUGCGUAAGCCUCAGUUUGGACUUUAUGGUGUAUGUGACUGUUUUGCAAGUUUGAUUGCUUGUAGUUCAAAGCUGCUUGUGUGUUCUGUUUCCAUAUGUGGCACUAUCUCCGUGUAUGACUUUAAUGAGGUGAUACAUAACUGAACUUGGUGCCAUUAUUACAAAGCAAAGAUAUAAUUCAUCUUGCAGUGUAAACUGAUAAGCAAAUGUGUAUGAAGAAAGUGUUACUGCCUCUUGGUGGAAAUGUCUAAUCAGAGUUUUCCACAAAUCUAGCUGCAUGUGGACCUGUGUGUUUUGUUUGUAGUGUAGUGACGCUCUAUUUGAAACUGCUGGCUGCUGCUAUCGAAAGCUCAACAUUACACAUCUAUAACAUUAAUUCAUUAAAUUAAUUAAAAAGCAAAAACGAAAAAAACCAACAACACCAAAUAAAUGAAAAUAUUUAUUAUGGGCUUUUUCCAAAUUUCGCAUAAGUUUACAUUCAGUUCAGCUAGGUAAUGGCAACAGGAUGAGAAUUUCAAGAGCUCUGAUUUUAACAUACCCGUUUCUCUCUGGUCUUCAUAUUAUAUCCAACAUAUUAAACAUUCAAAUGGCAAGCUUUAAUGAAGUAAGGAAAUGAUUUUCUGUCCAGUAGCUUUAUUUUGUUUUUGGUUUACACUAAGGAUUAUAACGAACCUGUGUAAUGGUGAAACAAAUGUUUCUUCAGCCAAAAUUAUUUUCUUUUUUAUUGAUGGCUCACAUCUGGAAGAAAAUGUUUCGUUGAUUUCUAAUGGGCCCCCGUUAUCUUUCAAUGGGCAAUUGAUUGUUUUGUGGUUCAGUGUAUGAUGCUUUAUGUCUGAAAAGCCAAUAAAUGGAAAUAACUGAAAUGAGGAA